GCUACGACGGAGCUUCGAAGCCAUCGAAUUCGAAACCCACCGAAUUCGAAACCACCAUGUCAACUAGAGAAGAACCUUAACACUUUUCAUUUCUUUCUCUCUCUCUCCAGCAGAUUGCAAGAUACUCUGCAAAUUCUUGGGAGAGAGAAAAUGGAUUUGGAUUCCGAUCGCUCACCUCAGCUAACAGGGGUCGUUAUAAUCUCUCUUCCGCCACCAGAUAAUCCCUCCUUAGGCAAGACCAUUACUGCUUUCACACUCUCUGAAUCUGCUCCUUACCAAACCCACCAAGAACAACUCUAUAACCAUGAUCUUCACCAACUACCUACUCAAUCCCCACAAAACCCACAACUCCAAGUCUCGUUUCCGAGGUUCAGUCUCUUUCAUGGGGUUCCAAGAAAGCUGCUUCUCUUUUUGGGCAUCUCUAUUUUUGCCCUGGCUUUGUAUACUCAUGUGUAUCCAACGCUGGUUGAAGAGUUUCGAAAAUCCAAUGAGGAUGAUGAUGAUAGACCCCAGUCUUUUAUAUUACCUUUGUAUCCCAAAUUGGGGAGGCCUGGGAAAAACGAUGCGGAGCUUAAACUGGGGAGGUUUGUGGAUUUUGACCAGGGGGAUGUUGUGGGUGCUUCAUUUGGCAAUGGGAUUAGAACCCAGAAAGUCAACAAAUUGGCUUCUUCGGCUGCUAAAGUUGACUCAUCAACCAUUUUUCCUGUGAGGGGCAAUGUUGAUCCAGAUGGGUUGUAUUACACGUAUAUUCUAGUUGGGAAUCCCCCAAGACGUUAUUUUUUGGACAUGGAUACGGGUAGUGACUUAACAUGGAUCCAGUGUGAUGCACCAUGCAGUAGCUGUGCCAAGGGACCAAAUCCAUUAUAUAAACCCACCAGAGGUAAUAUACUACCUUCUAAAGACUCAUUGUGUUCAGUGAUCCAGAGAAAUCAGAAAACUGGACAUUGUGAAACAUGUCGACAGUGUGACUACGAGAUUCAAUAUGCGGACAGUAGCUCAUCCUUGGGUGUUCUUGCAAAAGAUGAACUUCAUUUAAAAUUGAAAAAUGGGUCUUUGACCAAUGUGAAUAUUGUUUUUGGUUGUGGAUACGAUCAGCAAGGCUUACUUUUGAAUUCUCUUGCAAAGACUGAUGGAAUCCUAGGCUUAAGCAGGGCUAAAGUUAGUUUAUCAUCCCAAUUAGCAAGCAAGGGCAUCAUUAAGAAUGUUGUAGGCCAUUGUCUUUCCAUUGACGCUGGUGGCGGCGGAUAUAUGUUCUUAGGCGAAGAUUUUGUACCACAUUGGGGAAUGUCCUGGAUACCCAUGCUUAACACCCCUUCUGUGGAUUUCUAUCAUUCAGAGAUAGUUAGAAUAAAUUAUGGAAACAAGCAACUGAAUCUAGGAUCAGGGAGCAGCAGAGCGGAACAGGUGGUGUUUGACAGUGGUAGUUCUUAUACAUACUUCUCAAAAGAGCCAUACUCAGAUCUGGUUGCUUCUCUUGAAGAACUUUCAGCUGUAGGACUAGUCCGAGAUUUUUCAGAUCCUUUGUUGCCUAUUUGUUGGCAAGCUAAAAUGCCCUUCAGAUCUGUUGCUGAUGUAAAGCAAUUCUUCAAGACUAUAACUCUUCAGUUUGGGAGCUCAUGGUGGCUUGUCUCCACAAGGCUUCAAAUUCCUCCCGAGGGCUACUUGAGUAUUAGUAGCAAAGGGAAUGUGUGCUUGGGUAUCUUAGAUGGAAGCAAAGUACAUGAUGGAUCAUCAACCAUACUUGGAGACAUAUCAAUGCGUGGGCAUCUGGUUGUAUAUGACAAUGAAAACCACAAGAUUGGGUGGACCAAUUCAGGUUGUGCCAAGCCACAACGAUUUGACAGUCUUCCUUUCUUUAAAUGAAGCAUACAGAAUUAAACAUAGUUUUUGUCCCAAAAAAAUAUGAAAACUCUAAGACAGCCUUAUUAUUAUUAUUUUCUUUCCUUUUAAUUUUUUUUAUAUAACCGGUAUAUAUCUUGUGUAAAAACUAUACAUAUUAAAAGCACCGAGUUGGUCUUGUAGAAA